AUGGAGAGCUCUCGAGCGCUGGGGUUGCUGGGAGCCGCUUUAGUGCUGCUUCUGGGAGUCAGCGGCCAGGAGGAGACGGAGCUCCAACCGCGAGCCCUGGACCUCUACUCCGCCGCGGAGGACACGUCCCACGAGAAGGAACUGAUCGAGGCUCUGCAAGAGGUCCUGGAGAAGCUGAAAAGCAAGAGGCUCCCUCAUUAUGAGAAGAAGUAUGGCCAAGUGCCUAUGUGUGAUGCUGGAGAGCAGUGUGCAGUGAGAAAAGGAGCCAGGAUUGGAAAGCUCUGUGACUGUCCCAGAGGAACAUCUUGUAACACUUUUCUGUUGAAGUGCUUGUAAAGAAGUACCCCCUCCUUAAACCACCAGAGAACAAAGAAGAAUCCAGUUGCCUUGGCUGAGAAGUAAUACCUGUGAUAUCAAGGGGUGGGUGGGGCAGAAAAUGAUACCCGGCAGUCUCUUACACAAAGGGGAGGGGGAAAUGUUAUGAAGUUUAACUGUUAUCAUGUAUCACCUUUUAGGGUGUCUGACAUUUUCUUUACUGUUGUUUCUUCUUUAUCUUGCCCUUUGAUUUCCUUUAUUACUGUCACUCCCAUUUCCUACGUAUGUAUCUUUGUGUAAAGACAUGAAACUGGUAUUUUAAAAAAUGCAUUUUUGUAUGUGGAGGAUCCUUAUGCAAACUAGAUCUAACCAGCAUUUACUAAUUACGUUAUUUACAUCUCUGCAGUAAGUAAGUGAGGAGAGAAAAGGGCUGACACAAGGGUGCAGCUUACACACGAUAUACACUACAAUUUUCUUUGUACAAUAAAGGACAAACAUUUGCUUUGUAUUUUGAUGUAUGUAUUUUGAAGUUUGUAUAUUGAUUUAUGUAUACAUUGGCACUUAACAAAAUAUCCUCUGGAUUAGCACUUUUGGUUGGGUUUGGUGAUAUCUUCACUCCAGAGCCCCCAUGUUCCUUUUGGUACAAAUAGCAAUGGACACCACUUAGAUUCAGCAUGCUAGGACACUUUGGGAUGUGACUAAUACAAAGUAGGAUACUUUUCUUUUUUGUUAUUCACAAUCAAUUGAUCCAUGUUGGUGUUGCUUUAAGGGCAAUUUUAUGCAAUAUGCUGUUGUCACAAGAGGAAUAUGUUCUAAGGCAGUGUCUAGAUAGGGGUGGGGUGGUUGAAUGCAUCUGUAUUUAUCUAUACACAACCAACAACUGCCUUCCUGUUUGCAGCUUGAACAAGAAGAGCAUGAGAUGUGAGGCUGAUGUGUUGGAUUAAUUUCUAGAGAUUUCAGAAUUGUGCCACAAGGAAAGGAAGUAAAAUGUUGCUUAUUUCUUGUUUUCUUCUGUACAAACAGCAGUUGUUAGAUCUUCCUUUGAAUGCUGAAAAAGUGCAAUUUUUCAAAUGUAUUGUGGGCUUUCUUUAACUCCAGGCUUUAAUGGUUUACCAGUGAAAAGCUCUGCUAGUGGAUGUUUUCAAAGUGCAUCCCAUACUACUUUGGGGAGGGGGAGAAGGACCCAAUGUACAAUUCAGUGCUGCUGACCACUACACCCCCCCCCCCAUAAUACUUGUGGUGAUCUUUGAACUCCAGUCUUGGAAAAUAAUUCAUUGGAACCUGACCAAGAAGUAAGAAACCACCAAAUGGGAGAUGGAAGAGUAGUAGAAUCAAUGUGCCACAGUAGCCCACCCUAAUAUAUUGCACAGAAUCUUAUAUAAUUAUGGAGCACUCUCAAUUAUCAGCAUCACACACAUUUGGUAUUAUGCCAUCAAACUAGCAACAUCUGCCUCUCUUUGUAUGAAGAUUUUAAUCUGGGACGUUCCAUUUAUAUGCAUAUUGAUGACCACUAAUAAAAAUGUUCAUACAGUUGAGGAGAGAGUUAAAACCACUGAGACCACACAAAAAUAUGGAAACAUAUGAAUAUUUUAUAAGAUCAUGUGAGAUAACUAAACACUUGUGUGAGAUUGGUAGUAGGUGUUGCUAAAGUAAUCUGGAUCUAGAACUGGGGUGAUGGGUUUACAUUGAGAAUGUUCUAAUGAUUUAAAAGCACACAAAAUUACUUACUACUGUAACAAAAAUGUACAGCUCAUACAUAGAGAUGUUUUUCAACAAUGUCCUAUUAUGUUUUAAUAUGUUAUUUCAUUGUUAAUAAAACCAUUGUCACACAGUC